GGCGGAGAGGGAGCCCAUAGGAGAGGUGGCGCCUCCUCUGUUCUUAGGCUUGAUAGCUACCGUGGCAACCCCGAAGGCCGGGGCGCGACCCCUCCUCCCGCAGCCCCGCAAAGGGGAGAAAGGAGAGGGAGCACGGGAAGCGGGGUGACAACAGGCAGCAAAGCAGGUGCAGCCGAAGAAGAAAUUCGUCUUUCGCGUCCCCAAGGAAGAAGCGGCCCCGAGCGGUGCCCCGCGCCCCGCCGAGCUCGCCGCGCCCGGCCCCGGCCUCGCCAAGGGCGAAUCGGGCAGGCCGCCGCUGUGCAGGUUAAGCGGCGCCCAAGACAGAGAGCUAAAGCUGCUGCAGCGGGGCUUGCUGCUGUCGGAGCUGCGCGGCUGCCGGGUGCGGCUCCGCAGCAACCCCAACGCGCUGCGGGUGCGUGACUGCCGCGGAUGCCCCGCGCUCUGCGGGCCCGUGCCCACCUCCGUGCGGGUGGAGGCUGCAGCGCCUGCCCGUGCGCGCUGGCCGGUUAGCAGCUCCGCACCCACCGCACUACCCACUGCUGGGUCUGUGUGCGAGUCACCAGCCGGGCCAUCAUCGAAGCCUGUCCCAGGGUCUCCUUCACCCCCUACUUCCAGAGUUACCCUGGUAUCGAGAGAGAUUUCGAGUUGUCUGGGCUCAGCAAGAACAAAACAGUAACAACUGGAACCUAGUGGGGCACAUUGACUGGUUAACUCAUCCACGAACUCUGGGACUUAAUCCCCAAUAUGACCCCAUGGCCUGAGAGAAGAAAUGUCCAACAGCAGCUCCAUCAGCCACCUCCUCCUGCUGGCACUGGCAGACACGCGGCAGCUGCAGCUCCUGCACUUCUGCCUCUUCCUGGGCAUCUCCCUGGCUGCCCUCCUGGGCAACGGCCUCAUCAUCAGCGCCGUAGCCUGCGGCCACCACCUGCACACCCCCAUGUUCUUCUUCCUGCUCAACCUGGCCCUCACUGACCUGGGCUGCAUCUGCACCACUGUGCCCAAAGCCAUGCACAAUUCCCUCUGGGACACCAGGAACAUCUCCUACUCAGGAUGUGCUGCACAGGUUUUCUUUCUUCUUUUCUUCAUCUCAGCAGAGCUUGCUCUCCUGACCAUGAUGUGCUACGACCGCUACGUGUCCAUCUGCAAACCCCUGCACUAUGGGACCCUCCUGGGCAGCAGAGCUUGUGCCCACAUGGCAGCAACUGCCUGGGCCAGUGGCUUUCUCUAUUCACUGCUGCACACGGCCAAUACAUUUUCCCUGCCCCUGUGCCAGGGCAAUGUCCUGGGCCAGUUCUUCUGUGAAAUCCCACACAUCCUUAAGCUCUCCUGCUCACACUCCAACCUCAGGGAACUUGAACUCAUCACUGUUGGUUCCUGUUUAGCACUUGGGUGUUUUGUGUUCAUUGUUUUCUCCUAUGUGCAGAUCUUCAGGGCUGUGCUGAGGAUCCCCUCUGAGCAGGGAUGGCACAAAGCCUUUUCCACCUGCCUCCCCCACCUGGCUGUGGUCUCCCUUUUCAUCAUUACAGCCACAUUUGCCAACCUGAAACCCCCCCUCAAUGUCCUCUCUAUCCCUGGAUCUGGCCCUGUCAGUUCUGUACUCAAUGGUACCUCCAGUCCUGAACCCCCUCAUCUAUAGCCUGAGGAACCAUGAGCUCAAGGCUGCAGUAUGGAGACUGAUGAAUCAAUGCUUUCAGGGACAUUAGACUGCCGGCUAAUUUCUGUAAUUUAAUUCAAACCUGAAGUCCACUAGCUCUAUAGUCCUGCUGCUUCAAACAGAUUUUUACUUCCUUUAAGGAUAUUUGUCAAACUGAAAGGGCAAUGACCUCAAAACUAUAAAUUUCUUUCAAGUAUCCUGAAAGACAGUACCCUCUUUAAAGGAUCAGACCUACUAGCAUCCUCAUAGGUAAAGAAAGGACUAUUUACAUUCAGUUCUUAUUAAGCAUCAGUUAUCCCAGAGGAUAAAUUAUAAAGCUACAAGAUU